GUUUCUCUCUCAUUCAUUCUCAAAAAAAAAAAAAAAGAAUUCCUAUUUACGGCGCAAAUCCCAAGGGGGCCUCAUUGGACUCUCCUGCUUUCUUCUUCUUCUUCUUAUUUUCUCAGGUUCGUUAAAAUUCGUUCUCGCCUCCGUUUGUUUCGCGGGAAAAGAAUCUCCUCCUUUUCUUUCCGAAGUACAGCUACUGGUUCUUUGACACCAGAACGUAAUUUUUGCUCACAUGAAAUUGAGAAACAAAUACUCUGCUUGAUAAAUUGGACACUACAGUUAAAAAUGUCGUCUGCAAGCAAGGCUGAUAGGAAGGCAGCUCUGGAUGUGGCAUCGUGGUUUUUCAAUGUUGUCACAUCUGUGGGUAUAAUCAUGGUCAAUAAAGCCUUGAUGGCUACGCAUGGCUUCAGUUUUGCUACAACAUUAACGGGUUUGCAUUUUGCUACAACAACCUUGUUGACUGUUCUUCUUAGAUGGCUGGGUUAUAUUCAGGGCUCUUAUUUACCAUUACCCGAGCUUCUCAAAUUUGUCUUGUUUGCAAACUUCUCUAUUGUUGGAAUGAAUGUGAGUUUGAUGUGGAAUUCAGUGGGCUUUUAUCAGAUAGCAAAGUUGAGCAUGAUACCAGUAUCUUGCUUUCUGGAAGUUGUUUUCGACAAGGUCCGCUACUCAAGGGAUACGAAGCUUAGCAUAGUAGUAGUUCUCCUUGGAGUUGCAGUCUGUACUGUUACAGAUGUGAGUGUCAAUUUCAAGGGUUUUUUAGCUGCUGUAAUAGCAGUCUGGAGCACAGCCCUCCAGCAGUAUUAUGUACAUUUUCUUCAAAGGAAGCAUUCUUUAGGAUCAUUCGAUUUAUUGGGACAUACUGCUCCAGUACAAGCUGCAAGCCUGCUGUUAGUUGGUCCUUUUGUCGACUAUUGGUUAACAGAGAAAAAGGUUUAUGCCUAUGACUACACUGUGAUAUCAGUGUUUUUCAUAAUCCUGUCGUGCACCAUUGCAGUGGGGACCAACCUCAGCCAGUUCAUCUGCAUUGGCAGGUUCACGGCUGUAUCAUUCCAAGUGCUUGGCCAUAUGAAGACUAUUCUUGUCCUCAUCUUAGGGUUCAUUUUCUUUGGGAAAGAGGGUCUUAAUCUACACGUAAUUCUGGGCAUGGUCAUUGCAGUAGGAGGAAUGGUCUGGUAUGGUAAUGCCUCAUCCAAGCCAGGAGGGAAGGAGCGUCGGAUUUAUCCAGUUCCAAGCAACAAGUCGCAAAAACAGGAUGAGUUAUCAGAUUCCACCGAGACAGACGAGAAGGUCUAAAAAACUCAGUCACAGGUUUAACAAAGUAAAAGGAAAAGAUAUAUAUAUAUAUAUGAGAGAGAGAGAGAGAGCCGUUUUAAGUCAGCGGAUUCCAGGAACCUAUUUACACAGAGGAGCAAAAUUCCAAAUCACUAUAAUUUUUUUUUUCACACAUCAUGGUUAAUUAUUUUCCUGUCCUUGAAUUUAUUCACGUGAAAGGAUGCUGUUGAGAGGGAGCAAAUUCCCUGCAGAAACAGCAUUUUUUACCCUCUAAUAAUACUUUUAAUAGUAAUUUAUUUCCUUGCUUUUCAAUCUAUUUUCCCUUGUUGUUGGUAAUGUAUAAGAACCAGGCUUGUAUCCUUUUGUCCAUUUGUCUAAUUAUUCAGGUAGCCCUACAUGGGUGUUAAU